AUUAAUUCUAUUUAAAAUUCUUUUUAUUAAAAAAUAUUUCAGCUUGUAUAAUUUUAAUUUUAAAUUAUUUUAAUAGUCAGUAAUAUGAUUUAUGUGUGUAGGAACUCGUUGUGUUGUUGAUUUUUAACUAAAAUAAUUUAUAACUCAAAUGUGUAUAAAUUUCACAGCUUAUUAUUGCUCAUGUUAUUAUUUUGAUGGAGUUUCUUUUUAAUUUUUUCUUCACAUUGACAUAUUUGGCUGAUUUUGGGGAAUGCUCUGGAAGGUUUUUUUCUCGAUCUUUAGGGCUAUCAAACUCUCCUGUGCUUCAGAAUCAAACCAGUAGGGAUGAACUUUCUUUUCCUUACUUGAAUGUGUACUACAACUUUGACCCAAAGGACUGGAGUAGUAUUCGAGAACAACAAUCAAGAUUGUCUAACUUUCGUAAAAGGCUAUCACGACUACGGCGUCAAGUGGUCACCGAUAUGGAUCGUAUUAAUCAGUUCAUGGACAUUGAGAAGAAUCUAGCAAUUAACGCCAGGGGUAAACUGUUUCAAACUGCUCUAUCUAGGAAUGUACUACCAAUUAAAACAGAUAAAAAUGAGAAGAACAGGGAACCAAUUCGCUUGUAUGACAAUGUCACAAACGAUAUUCCUCAUUUAAAUUAUUUGUACAAAAUGAACCAGUAAUUUUAUACCUUUCA